UUUUUUGUUAGUCUAUGUUUAUCUCCGUCACCGACUGUGGGAUUGUUUUUGUGAAGAAUUGAUAUUUUUAACAGUAAAGAAUAAAAAAAUAUUAAAACAGAUUUAAUGUAAUCGUCAUGAAACAUGAUUUAUUUAGUGAAUAAAAUUGUAUUGUGCGUUUUGGUGGUUGCUGCAACGGUGUCCUGCAGAAUACACAAACUGCAUCUUUCGGACGAUGAGCGACGCUACGUAGAUCUCACGACCUUCGGGUUCUUCAAGGGCGGUAUACUCGACGUUAAGUUGGUGGAUUUCAUGAUGCCGUCGGGUCCUGUUUAUGGAGAGUACGGGUUCACGUUAGACCGGACAAUAAACAAAGCAAUAAGUCCGUACUUAGCACAGUCUAACUCCGCAACGUGUUACCUCAAGGAAAGUGAUACCAGCAUACUGUCGCCGCAGCAUCCUGCAAUCGUCUUCCUGAAGAUGGACUUCAAGAAUCUCAGAUUAAACGUGACAUGCAAAGCUAAAAUAUUACAUCUUUAUGAGAAUCGAUCUUCAAUACCAGACACUAUAUCCACUGAGGAAAAAUGUUCCUACACCAUGUUGCCGAUUACGAAGGAGACAAGAAACGGCUUCGACUACUAUAAUACUAGCUUUGCGCUGUACGUGGCUACUGAAAUGGAAGAAGGUCUUUACAAUCUCUAUUUUAACAAUUGUCCGAACGCUGACUCCGGCACUGCGACCGCAGUCAACAUGAUUGUGGAAAUAUACGAGAGUAACGCUGGAAACUUUUUGUCGGCGGGAGAGAUGCCACUACCAGCGUUAUACAGCAUGAUGUCACUUAUCUUCCUAACAUGUGCCGCCCUCUGGACCUUCAUUCUGCGAACUAGUCGACAGCCUGUCUACAGGAUACACAUUAUUAUGUGUGUCCUUGUCUAUCUGAAGGCUCUCUCUCUUGCAUUCCACGGCAUUAACUACCAUUUCAUUCAGACGAAAGGUGAACAUGUUACUGCUUGGGCGAUCCUCUUCUAUAUCACGCAUUUAUUGAAAGGGGCGGUGCUGUUCGUGACUAUUGUACUGGUGGGCACCGGGUGGAACUUCAUCAAACACAUUCUUUCUGACAGAGACAAGAAGCUCUUCAUGAUUGUGAUACCUCUGCAGGUUCUAGCGAACGUAGCGGAGAUAAUUCUGGCAGAAAGCGAGGAAGGCGCCGCAGAGCAUAACGCGUGGCGCGACAUCUUCGUGCUAGUCGAGUUAUUGUGCUGCUGGGCGAUCAUGUUCCCUGUCGUAUGGUCAAUACGUCACCUGCAGGAUGCGUCAAGUACGGAUGGCAAGGCGGCCAUUAACCUUCGCAAACUGAAGUUGUUCCGACACUUCUACGUGAUGGUCGUAUGCUAUAUCUACUUCACGAGGAUUGUCAUAUCCAUACUGAAUAUCACAGUGCCAUUCCAAUACGCGUGGAUAGAUGAAAUGUUCCGAGAGAUGGCGACACUAGCGUUCUUCGUCAUGACCGGCUACAAGUUCAGGCCGGCCGCAGCCAACCCUUACUUUACGCCAACACACGUCGAUGACGUGGAGCCACAAGUACUCUCAGAUAUCGGGGUACUUGAAGGCGUCACGCGGAUAGCGAAUCGAGGCGACAGAAAACGGGAAGAUCUACAGCCGUUAAUGCAGGAAACCAAUUACAAUUCUGAUUAGAUGCCUAAAGACAACUAAAGAAUAAUUCCGAAGCACAUUUUCACCAUUUCAAAGUACAUUUAAUAGACGUAAAUUACAUGUUAUAAACAUACUUUUUUAAAUUUCAUGUAGAAUGUAAAAAUUAGAUAGAAAAUAUACCUAAUAAUAUCGGUCCUAAGUCCCAAAUACGUUCAGCAUCGAAAUAUAUUUUAUCGGACAUUCUGAAAUAUGGUCAAUUUGAAAAUGUUUUUGUAACAGUCUCUAAUUUUUUGUUCCAGAAAGUUCCUAAAAUGUUUUGAUGCUGAGUGUAUCAAAAAUCUUUGUAAUGUUAAAAAAUAAGUCAUUACACUUUAAGGCUAUUGAAAUGUCCUAUUUGUUACUAUCGGCUAUAUUAAAUGGCAUAUCACGUGUCAUUUUUUCAAUUUUAUAUAAAACAUAGUGAUGUCUAUAAAAUUAUUAAUAAUAUUCAUACAUAUACAUAGGGAUUAUAUAAAUCUAUUCUUCUUUAUACUAAGCAUAUUAUGAGGUUCCCCGAGUAACGUUAUUUAUUCCCUCACAUAUUUACAAAUUAAUAAUACCGAUUUUUUUAGAUUAAAUUGUAUUUUUAUUUUUUUAUCGAUAAUGUGUUAGAAAAUAUUUAGAUAAAACCUUUUUGUUUUUUUUUAGGUUGUGAAAUAAGUUUGUAUUUUUUCGAAUUUUCCCAUUUGUGACGAUUGUUGACUGUUUGUAAAUAAGUAUCAUGAUGUAAUGAAUAGUUGUGGUAAUACCUUUAUUUUGUAGAUAUGGUGUAGUAUAUAGAGAAUGUGAGAUGUGGUCUCGAGAGACGUUUUAAAUGACAUGCGUAUGUUUCCGUAUUCAAGAGCUGGAACUAUUUUUUUUAUGUAUAUUCAAAUAUAUAAUUAUAUAUAAAUUGUUCCGUU